UUAACACCAAAUUUCACCGCACUCUCAACGGAGACCUUUCUGUUUCUUCUGAAAUCUGAAUUUCGAGAGUAGGAGUAGGACUCGACUUGCCGCAGUUGUCUACAACUCCGCUUGCUCACAUUGAAGAAGUGCCCAUCUUUCUUUCGGGUUUGAUUUUUCACUCAACCCUUGCACUGCACUUCCAAAGCAACCCUCCAAUCCUUUCAAUUUCAUUUCUCCAUUGUUUUGUUUUAGCUGUUUGUUAUGGAGGACGGGGAUAACAUUCUGGAUGCCAUAUACGAGGAGGACAACUUAGAUGAUGAUGUUGACAUGGUUGAUGUUGAAGAAGGAGAGUUGGUGGAGCCUGAUUCCCAAAAUGUUUUGGGACAAAGCAGUGCCGGAGAUAUCAAUGAAGCAAAUCAAGAACCUCUCAGUAAGAACCAAAAACGUAGAGCUAAUAAGAAGAAGAAUAAGAAGAAGAGGAAGGGUUCAGGAUCUAAUGCCAUGGACAUAAACAGAUUUGUGUUAGAUACGUGUCGACGGCUCAAAGAGAAAAAGUCAUACAUGGUAUACACUGCUGUGGGUUGCCUUGGUGUCUCUGCAUUAAGCGAUCUCGUCAAUGAGGUGGAUGCAAUACAGGCUUGUGGAGGCCAGAAAACUGCUGAUGGUAGACGAUUCCGGACUGGGGGUGGAAUAUUGUGGAGCAUCUUAAAAGUCAGGGAACCAAAGGUCUUCAAAGAGAUAAUGAAAAAAGCAAAGGAGUUUGAGAAACAAUUCAGGCAGCCUACUGUGAUGCAACGACCCGCGUCAAAGAAAGAGGAUUCUUCUCAAGGAGUACCCUUUUCAUUUUCUGGCAGGGAUCUGGGCAAUGUUUCGGACAGCGAUAUUCUUGCAUCCCAGAUGCAAAAUCAACAUCAGCCGGCAACUUCUGAAGAAAAGCCUAUGUCUGUUCAUGAUAGGUUAAGGAUACCCGUAUCAUAUGAUGAUGAUCUGCUUGGAGAGAAUCCAGUCAAUGAUACAACCUGAAUCUGGUAGUACAGUCACAGUGGCCACUUGGCAAGAUUUUCUUCCCUUUUAGAUGGAGAUCCACCGAUACAUCUCCCUCAUUCCCCUCUGGGACUAGGGCUAUACUACAUUCUCGUUUCUUCUGUUCCAUUUUGCUCUCCGUCCCUCUAGUUUUUCUUUUUUCGCUGUGUUAAACGAGUUCACGGAUGGAGCAGUGGUUCCAUUUUGAUUUUUUGUUCCCGAAGGAAAUUUGACAUUUAUCUUAAAAAAUAGAGGUCUUUAUUUACUUUGCCUCA